CAUACAUGACUUCACGAUAAACCUUUCACAAGUUGGGCAACUUCAAGUCGUGGAACUAACAGUCGGCCGACAAAGAUGACGGAAAGCUCCGCAAACAAGCUGCUAAACGGAGACGCCUGUCACCGGACCUCAAACGGCAAAAAACCGAGUAAAAAUGGCUUGGUGAAGAACCACUGCCUGUUUCAGCAGCCACACAAGUACCGUCGCCCCAGGGAGAAGAACCAAAAUGUCACACACAACCCCAGCCUGUACAAGAAGCCCUUUUCGGAAUCAUUUGAGGAGACUCCACUACUGGUGGCCGUGCUCACCUACAUGGGCUAUGGUAUCCUCACCGUCUUUGGCUACCUCCGAGACUUCCUUCGCCACUGGGGCAUCGAGAAGUGCCACGUGGCUCGGGAGAAGGAGGAACAGAAGGAUUUCGUCCCCCUCUAUCAGGACUUUGAGAACUUUUACACCAGGAACUUGUACAUGAGAAUUCGAGACAACUGGAACAGACCUAUCUGUAGCGUUCCUGGUGCAAAGAUGGACCUGGUGGAGAGAGUUUCCCAUGACUACAACUGGACCUUUGAACACACAGGCAGAGUGGUGAAGGACGUCAUCAAUAUGGGAUCAUACAACUACCUCGGCUUUGCUGAGAACACCGGGCCUUGUGCCGACGCUGCUAUCGAAGCCACAGAGAAGUACGGCGUGGGAGUGGGCAGCACCCGCUGUGAGAUCGGGAACCUGGACAUCCAUGAGGAGCUGGAGCAGUUGGUUGCCAGGUUCCUGGGUGUUGAAUCAUCCAUGGCCUUUGGAAUGGGCUUCGCAACCAACUCCAUGAACAUUCCUGCUCUCACCGGGAAGGGUUGUCUUAUUCUGAGUGACGAGCUGAAUCACGCUUCGCUGGUGCUGGGUGCCCGCCUGUCUGGCUCCACAAUUCGGGUCUUCAAACACAACAACAUGCAAAGCCUGGAGAAGCUGCUGAGAGAUGCUAUCGCACACGGGCAGCCAAGAACACAUCGACCCUGGAAGAAAAUUCUCAUUGUGGUGGAGGGCAUUUACAGUAUGGAGGGGUCCAUUGUGCGUCUACCAGAGGUUGUUGCCCUGAAGAAGCGCUACAAGGCGUACCUGUAUCUGGAUGAGGCCCACAGUAUCGGGGCCCUGGGGCCUAACGGCAGGGGAGUGGUGGACUACUUUGGCUUGGAUCCUAAAGAUGUCGACAUCAUGAUGGGAACAUUUACCAAGAGCUUCGGUGCUGCAGGAGGAUACAUCGGAGGCAAAAAGGAGCUGAUCGACUACCUGCGGCGCCACUCUCACAGUGCCCUGUACGCCACCUCCAUGUCCUCUCCUGUAGUCCAGCAGAUAAUCACCUCUAUGGAGAUCAUCAUGGGAGAGGACGGGACCACACUGGGUGCUGACCGCCUCAGACAGCUAUCGGAGAACACCACCUACUUCCGCAGGAAACUCCGUGAAAUGGGCUUCAUCAUCUACGGCAAUGAUGACUCGCCUGUAGUGCCCAUGAUGCUCUAUAUGCCUGCCAAAAUUGGGGCAUUUGGUCGGGAGAUGUUAAAGAGAAACAUCGGCACAGUGGUUGUCGGCUUCCCAGCAACACCCAUCAUCGAGUCGAGGGCACGUUUCUGCGUUUCGGCUGCCCAUACGAGAGAGAUGCUUGAUACAGCAUUGGAGGCCAUCAAUGAAGUGGGCGACCUGCUGCAGCUCAAGUACUCCAGGCGCGAACAGCCUCUUCCCUCGCUCGGGUGGAUGACUGAAGAGAGCCUGCUUCAAGACUGAGCCACGACAUCCACUUCCUGUCAUAUCCAGCCCUCCUCCCAAACUCACUGUCCCUCCGUUACUUUGCCUUUUCUUAUCUGAUAUCCCUCAUUUUCCUCUGAGCCAGUCUCUCCAACCCAAAUCGCCAUAGAGCCAAAGUCUUCACAGGUCGAUACCGGUUUGAACCCUGCACACUAGGGGAGGACCAAAAUCACCCACAUCCGUCUGUAUGUCCGUUCAGCUUGUCCUAACUUAUUGUAACUACAUCAGUCUAACGUCAAAGUCUUAUUCCUGUGUGCACAUUGAAUGUGUAUCUUAUUUGUGCAAUAAUAACAAACUUGGGAGUUUCUUUGUAAUUUAAACAACCUAAAGCAAAGUAGAGAGAUUUUUGCCAUUGUGCACUUGGAGAAAAAGAAACCUGAUCCCAGCUGUUGCUAUGAUCAACACAAGAGGAAAAAAUUAUAUAUGUAAAUAUUAUUUAUCCCGAAGUUGGUAAUGUUGCUUUAAGGUGGCAUCAAAGAGAGAUACGCUAUUUCAGAGGAGUAACGUCAGAAUAUGAACUCCAUAUGUAUUUAUCUGAUGGCUUUUUUUCUAAUCACUUUUACUUGAAUAGAGAGUAUAGAAUAUUGGGUUCUUUCUCUAACCAAAGGAUGUAUAUGUAUAGAUAUGUUUUCUACCUUUUUCUCUUAAAAUGCAAAGCAGAUGUUCCAAAACAAAAAAAACAGGGAAAGAAUCCCAGGGAGCAAGACUUAAGGAAUAUUUUUUACUGCUUAUUUUCUAGAAAUAUUUUUCAGCCUUAUUUACUGUUUACACCUGCACUCAAAAACUUGAGCCCAGUGUCUUUAACAUUUCUAUAAGCUAAUGAGCUACAUGUGUGAUCGCCCCCCCCCUUCCCCCUGCUAAAUCCUUCUCACUCAAGUGCUUUCAUGUGAAUCAGCGUCGACUACGACCUCCGAGCACGAUGACACGCUGUAACUUAGAUCUGUAUGUAUGAUGAUGUUGCUCCCAUGCCCAUCUGAUUUACAGACGGCUUUAUUUAUUUAAAACAUAUUCUUUCAGCUAUCUUAUUUUUGUGGAAAAAAUAUUUAUAUCUGAAAGGCAGCUCAAAAUGUGUUUUAACUCACUACCUAUACAUCUUCAGUGCUAGCACUACUGACAGGCAUUGUAAAUGCACGGAUGACGUAGCCACUGAAAUGUGCAAGAUUUGUAAAGGUUUGCUUCAUAUGUCAUUGUUUGAUCUUCUAAUUUAUGCGUCCUCCGUUUGGAAUUACAUUCCAUUUCAACCUGCUUUCAGUGUUUGGUUUUUGUCUUUUCUGUGUGAGGUCACCAAAACAUGGCAUGCAUGCCACUGUCAAAUCUCCUGUCCAUGUGUGUGUUUAUGUUCUACCACUUAAUUGAUGUGAAUUGGAGUGUAGCCAGUCAGAAAGCUGGCCAUCGUCUUGCAAUGUGACUAUUCCUGUAAAAGUUAAUCAAAUUGAUUCAACUCAUCUGAAGUUUAGAGAGGCUUUUGUUGAUGUUUUUGGCAUUUUAGCACAGUACGACAACUUUUGGGGAGUCACUUUUUAAAUGUACAUCCAUUAACUGCAUUGUUGUCUUUGAGUCAUUCCAAUAUUGUUUUUUUAAAUUAUGCAUUUGCUUUCAAUAAAUAUAUAAAAGGUGGAACACAUGACUAUGAUCUGGAAUUGCACUCCUCAGAAAUGUGCUCUGACACAAAAAUCUCGUCAAAGUUUCCUCUCAAGCUGUCUGCAGCACCAUGCAGUAUGUUAAGUCUCUACAUUUCUGUCUAUGGAGGCAAAAAUGUAAUUGCAAACAGCAACGUGACUGUUUCUCUCAGCCAGGUUUCCCUCGUUGAAACUGAGGAAUUAAAGUCGAAAGAGAUUAUCAGAAUGUUUGAGUUGCUUGGAGCUCUUUGAUGUAGGUUGACACUUUUCCAGCCUACCUACAACAAAUACCUGCAAACUGACCUGCAGUGACCGGUGGAAACUUGCUUAUCAGUUGCUUUUGCCCUUGAAAUUGUAUUUGGGUUGAAGAUAAACCACUUAGAGGAGUUUGUAAAGCCAUGAUGUUUGUCGACCAUGCUGUUGGAAACAUUUGCUGCAAAGAUUAAAUCACUUUCUUUGUAUCAA